ACCAGCCACUGAAGAAGGGGUAUUCCAAGCAUCUCUGCCUUGACCAGCAGCAGGAUGGGGAAAGUAGGCCCCAGACCCGAAGGAGGGCUCAGCCUUGAGAUUAGGCUGGAGACACAACAAGGGGUGGGGACCCCGCAGGCGGGGGCAGGGGCGGAGCAGAGCAGAUGGUAAUCUAGCUCAGAGACCUGAGCCUUGCACUCCCCACACUCGUCUCCCCAUGGACCGCACUGUGGUGCUCAUCACUGGCUGCUCCUCGGGCAUUGGCCUGCACCUGGCCCUGCGCCUGGCAUCCGACCCCUCGCGGAGCUUCAAAGUGUAUGCCACGCUGCGGGACCUGAGGGCGCAGGGCCCUCUGUGGGAGGCGGCCCGGGCCCGAGGGUGCCCUCCUGGCUCCCUGGAGACAUUGCAGCUGGACGUGAGGGACGCAGACUCUGUGGCCGCUGCCCGGGCACGCGUGACCGAGGGCCGCGUGGAUGUGUUGGUGUGCAAUGCAGGGCGGGGCCUGCUUGGGCCGCUGGAGGUGCAUACGGCUGGCGCCGUGGGGUCAGUGCUGGACGUGAACGUGACCGGGACGGUGCGGACACUGCAGGCCUUCCUGCCCGACAUGAAGCGCCGCCGCUCAGGACGUAUACUGGUGACCGGCAGCAUGGGCGGUUUGAUGGGGCUGCCGUUCAACGCCGUUUACUGCGCCAGCAAGUUCGCGAUCGAAGGUCUUUGCGAGAGUCUGGCGGUUCUGCUGCCGCCCUUCGGGGUCCACGUGAGCCUCAUCGAGUGCGGCCCGGUGCGCACCGCCUUUCUGGAGAAGCAGGAGGGCGUCCCGGGCGGGGCGCUGGACGGCGCGGACGCUGAGACCCGGGUCCUCUUCUCCUGCUACCAGCGCCAUUUGGAGCGGAUCUUCCGCGAGGCGGCGCAGGACCCGGAGGAGGUGACCGAGGUAGGCGCCGGGCGCGGCCCCGGAACCAAGUACGGCGCGCGGGGGGUGGCGGCGAGCCCCCGGCCGGCCCCCGGCCAGCGCGCUUCCCCUCGCCGCCGCAGGUUUUCCUCGCCGCGCUGCGCGCCCCGCGUCCCGCGCUGCGCUACUUCAGCACCGAGAGCUUCCUACCCCUGGCGCACCUGCGCCUGGCCGACCCCAGCGGCUGCAGCUACGUCGCCGCCAUGCACCGCGCGGUAUUCGCCGACGAGCCCGUGGAGGAGGCGACGGCCUCGGACCGCGGCGACCCCGGGCUCCGCGCUCCUCCCGGCGCCCGGCAAUAAAGUCUUGGCCCGCCGCUGUCUGCCGCUCUCUCCUUUGUGCCCCCGGGGCGCGCGGCUCGGGGGGACGGCGCCAGGCUGCCGGCUCACCGCACCUGUGCGACAAGUGGCGCAUGCAGCGGGUCUUUGCUGUUUCCCUGGACAACCUUAUCUAAAAUAGCAUUCCCUUGGGCGCCUGGGUGGCUCAGUCGUUAAGCGUCUGCCUUCGGCCCAGGUCAUGAUCCCAGGGUCCUGGGAUCGAGUCCCACAUCGGGCU